GGGGAUGUUUGCAAAAAAGUAACAGAAAACCAACUAGGGAGUAUCCCGUCACCCAUCUAAACCUCAAAGGGAGAGCUUUGUAACUCCUCUAGUCUUCUCCUGCAGAGUGCUUGUCUGGGAUCUGUCCUCACUGAAGGACGAGUUCAAUGACUCGCUUUAUAAGGACACCUUAAUGAUGCGAGACCGCUGCCCACCGUAGUGUGAUCAGCGGGAGGAGACAGAUUGCCUCACAGAUCAGAGAGAGAGAGAGAAAAAGAGGAGAGCGACUGAUGCCAGCAAGGAUGUCUGACUGAGACCGGUGCCGCUGUCAUUUUGGUUAUUUUUAACCCACUAUUUUCUGUUUUUUUCAUUGUGUUCCUCAGAGAAUCCAGCACCUCUCGGAUGGUGGACUGAUCAGCUGAAUGUCAGGCCUCCGCCCCAGCUGCUCACCCACUAGACCAGGCCUGCCCUUACUGAAAUCAGUGUGGCUGACGAGCUGAGCUUGUGUGUGGCAGGAACACCCGUAUCAUAGUGUGCACCAUGGUCUCGCAACAGAGGUUUUAAGGCUAUAAGCUGCUUGUGGAGCAUGGGUACAACUGCCAGUGCCGCACCACAGCCUGUUUCUGUAGCGUCGCCGCUUGAGAGUGUCCAUGGCAACGGGAUGGCCGACAGCAGGCAGUCUCUUAGCAUGAGCCCCUUUCAGACAGUCAACAUCCACAACAACAAGGCCAAGUCCAUUAUCACCAACAAAGUCGCACCUGUUGUCAUCACGUAUAAUUGCAGACAGGAAUUUCAGAUUCAUGAUGAAAUCCUCAAGACCAACUACAAAGUCGGUCGGAUAUCGGACGCCAUGCCCGAGCACUACCUGGUGCAGGGGGAGUACUUCAUGGUCCAGGAUGUGUACAGCAAGGCAGAUGUCCUCAACACCACAGGCAGCUAUGGAGCACCCAACUUCCGUCAAUUGAAGGGGUCCUACCCGCUGUAUGGGAUGGGUCAGCCGAGCCUGAACGGUUUCAAACAGGUUCUUCAGAGGCUCCAGGCCCAGGGACACGAGGAGGUUAUAUUCUUCUGUGUAAGAGAGGAGCCUGUGGUUUUCCUGCACAAGGAGGAAGACUUUGUGCCGUACACCCCCAGGAGGAAGGAAAACCUCCAUGAGAACCUUCAUGGCCUGGAAAAGGAGGAGCUGGUGGAGAGUCUUGAGCUCACCAUCAGGAAGGAGCUCCACGACUUUGCCAAGCUCAAUGAAAACAUCUUCUAUGUCUACAACGACAUUGAGUACUUCAAAGACGAACCGCAGAAGAUCUCCAUCACGUGUGAGGAGGACAUCCAUGUGACUGAAGAGGUCUAUAAGAGGCCUAUGUUCACCAUGCCAGCCUACAGGUACUACAGAUUACCACUACCAAUGGAGGGAGCCCCAUUGGAAGAAGACUUUGACGCAUUUGUUAACAUACUCCGGUCUGCCUCUCCUUCUAUAUGUGCUAUUUACCAGGAGAGCACCAGCUUGUCUCUGGGCCAGGAUGCGUCCCGGCGGCUGCCUGCUCUUCUCUUCAGCUGCCAGGUGGGCGUCGGUCGCACCAACCUAGCCAUGAUCCUGGGCACUCUGGUCAUGAAUCGCCUAAGGGGUGACUCACAACCGCCGCAUCAAGUUGAGGAGGCAGCUGCUUCAGAGCCCAAACCACUGUUCAAGGUCAUCCAGUCUUUGAUCAGCAAACUGCCUAAUGGACAGCAGGUCAUGGAGGAGGUUGACCAGGCUAUUACUCUGUGUUCAGAAAUGCACAACAUAAAAGAAGCAAUAUAUGAGAACAAGAGUAAGCUGGAAGGAAUUGGAGAAGAUUAUCAAAUUCAGGGAAGCAGUACCAAAGACUACUUUCUCACCAGAACCAUGCAGAGCUUGGAGCGCUACUUCUACUUGCUUGUAUUUAAUGCAUACCUUCACGAACAGUAUCCUCUUGCCUUUGUGUUCAACUUCAGCCAGUGGAUGUGCUGCCACGCGUGGCUGUACAGGUUACUGGCCUGCAUGGACCUAUCAGAGCUCUCGGCCCCGGCAGAGCUGGUCACCAGAGGAGCUCGUGUCCUGGUUGCUGAUGAGUGCUUGGCUCCGGACGUGCUCAGCACAGUGAAGGAGAUGAAGGCGGUCAACUUCAGACGAGUGCCCAAGAUGGCUGUUUAUGGAAUGGCUCAGCCGACAUCAGAGGCUACUGGAGCAGUUUUGGCCCAUCUGACGGAUGAGAAGAGGAAGCACAGCCAUGUGUUGUGGGUCAACUUGCAGGAGGAGCUGGUGCUUGAAGGGAAUGGUCAGAUUUUUACACCAAGGGAGCCCUCGUGCCUGGACCAGCACAUUCCUUUCCCCUCAUCCGACCCACAGCUAAUUGAGAAAGUGGAGACAUCCCUGAAAGAGGAGAUCCUGCGAUCUCAAAAGUGGCUCGAGGUGACACUGGAGCAGGAGAAACAGAUGAAGAUGUUUAAGAGCUGCCUGACGGUCCAGGAGAUCUUCAAUCAGCACAAAAGUUCCCACCAGGGCCUCAUCUACAAACGCAUCCCCCUGCCAGACUGCAGUGCGCCCAGGGAGGAGGAUUUUGAUAGGCUGUUGGAGGCCAUGAAGAGUGCCUUGGCUGAAGACUCUCACUCAGCCUUCGUUUUUAAUUGCUCCAACGGCAAAGGCAGGACCACGACCGCCAUGGUUGUCGCUGUUCUGACUCUCUGGCACUUUAAUGGUUUUCCAGAGUUUGGUGAUGAUGAGAUUGUGAGUGUCCCUGAUGCCAAGUACACAAAAGGAGAAUUUGAG